AUGGCACCGGAUCCCGACUAUCAGCCAAGCAUCGCUCCUGCGGCUUUUGCUGCGGGCUGGCGCGCGAAGUUCAAGUCCCAGCCGCGUCUCUCAGUCGUCGCCCCUUCAGAGAGAAGUGAUGAUGAUUGUCCAUUUGAAUACGAAGAACUCCUGCGCAAUGGGGAAGGCCACCUAAUGACUGACGAGCUAUAUCACGAGCCCCAAGAUGAUAGUGGCUGGGCCAUGGGGUCUCCCGCCCGCUGUAUGCUUACUAUUCCCCGUGUCGAUGAUUGGCAGCAUAGCAGUUCCAAUGUGUCCAUCGCGUUGGUUGUUACGAACAUCAAAAAGUACGUGCCUAGGCACCAGAGCGAAACCCAGAUAUGGAGAGCCGGUUCAAGUGAGGACCUCUGGAAUCAGAACAUGCAGCGGCACGCAGAAAGAGCCGUGGCCAGUCGUCGGAGAAUCCAAGUUCUGGAAAAGAUGGUGGACGUCAGGCUGGUCGAUCUAUGA